AUGACCAUAUACGCGUUUUACAUCUUCGACAGACAUUGCAGCUGUAUAUACUCACGUGAAUACGGCCAUACAAAUGUGCCCCUGUCAUCAAGCUCUACCUCUCAGCCUUCGCCCGCUCAAUCAUCUGCCAACCUCGGAUCUGUCAACAAAAACAACACAUCAGACACCGCAAAGCUUCUCUUUGGCCUUAUACACUCGUUGAAAAACUUAUCCUCGAAAUUGUCAACAUCAGACACGCCGAACUUAUUGCGCUCCUUCAGCACCGGCUCCUACAGAGUCCAUUAUCUAGAGUCUUUGACCAGUUUCAAGUUUGUCCUUCUCUCUGAUUUGGACACGGAGAAUCUCCAGCCACAACUUUGGGAUUUAUACUCCUCUGUCUUCCUCAAAACAGUUGUGUUCAAUGCAUUGAGUCCAAUGGAGUUUGGCGACGGCAAGAUCAGCAAUGCCUCUUUCAUCCAGCAGUCCGACAAGUACCUACAAGCGCUCCCAGUUUUCUAUUAA